GUCCAGGAGUAACCUGCUCGCGCAUCAUCAUAUCACACCACUCUCUGCUGUUUAAGCGUCUAUUGGAGCUGUGACCUCAUGAUGAGGCUCUCAUCAUGAUGUGAUUUUUUUUUUUUUUUAAACUCAUCACUGCAAACGGAGAUGUCUGACAGACAUAAUUACCUUAUCGACCUCUCCGGUUGAACUUUGCCAUAAUUACGUGUCAGUUCAUCUCCACCGUGUUUGCAGCCUGUUCGUGUCGCCCAACCAUGGCACAACAGAACGCUGCUGCCAAGAAGAGCCCUGCUGUUGCGGCAUUGCACUCUCACUUCAUUGUGGGAUCAGUGUCAGAGGAGAACUCAGAGGAUGAAAUCCAAGGGAAGCCAGACGUGCAGCUGGAGGAGAAGGAGAUGCGUUCCUUGUCACCUUCCUCUAGUAGCUCAGACAGCACCUGUGAAACGGGCUUCGACCACAUCGAUGGCCCCUCACCCAAUCUAAGGCCAAGCAUGUCAGGGCUGCACUUGAUCAAGCAAGGCAGAGAUCGUCGGCGUAUUGAUCUACAGAGGGACUUCACGGUGGCUUCACCUGCUGAAUUUGUCACCCGCUUUGGUGGCAACAAAGUCAUCGAGAAGGUGCUUAUUGCCAACAAUGGCAUUGCAGCGGUCAAAUGUAUGCGCUCCAUCCGACGCUGGGCCUAUGAAAUGUUUCGCAAUGAAAGGGCAAUCCGCUUUGUAGUUAUGGUGACCCCAGAGGACCUGAAGGCCAAUGCAGAGUACAUUAAAAUGGCAGAUCAUUAUGUGCCUGUGCCAGGAGGGACUAAUAACAAUAACUAUGCCAAUGUUGAGCUCAUUCUGGACAUUGCUAAACGCAUACCUGUUCAGGCAGUGUGGGCUGGAUGGGGUCAUGCCUCAGAGAACCCCAAACUCCCAGAGCUGCUUCAGAAGCAUGGCAUUGCUUUUAUGGGUCCCCCAAGUCAGGCUAUGUGGGCGCUAGGAGACAAGAUUGCUUCCUCUAUUGUGGCUCAGACAGCUGGCAUUCCAACCCUGCCCUGGAGUGGAACAGGCCUGAGAGUAGAUUGGACAGAGAACAACCCGAAGAACAGAAUUAUUAGUGUUCCUCCUGACGUGUACGAGCUUGGCUGCGUCCAUGAUAUAGACGAUGGCCUAAAGGCUGCAGAGAAAAUUGGCUACCCUGUAAUGGUGAAGGCCUCAGAGGGAGGUGGAGGAAAAGGUAUUCGUAAGGUCAACUGUGCUGAUGACUUCCCUAACCUCUUCAGACAGGUCCAAGCUGAGGUUCCAGGAUCACCCAUUUUCAUCAUGCAGCUAGCCAAGCAUGCCCGCCACUUGGAGGUUCAGAUCUUGGCUGAUCAGUAUGGCCGUGCCAUUUCCCUGUUUGGAAGAGACUGCUCUGUGCAGCGGCGGCACCAGAAAAUCAUAGAGGAGGCUCCUGCUACCAUUGCUACUGCUGAUGUGUUUGAGGAUAUGGAAAGGUGUGCGGUGAGACUGGCUAAAAUGGUGGGGUAUGUCAGUGCAGGUACAGUGGAGUACCUGUACAGCCAGGACAGCAGCUUCUACUUUCUGGAGCUCAACCCUCGUCUGCAGGUGGAGCACCCCUGUACUGAGAUGGUGGCUGAUGUCAACUUGCCUGCUGCCCAGCUGCAGAUUGCUAUGGGUAUUCCUCUUCACCGGAUCAAAGACAUCAGGAUGCUUUAUGGAGUCCAGCCCUGGGGAGACUCUCCAAUUGAUUUCGAGGGUCUGACAGCGACCCCUUCUCCACGUGGCCAUGUCAUUGCAGCACGUAUCACCAGUGAAAAUCCCGAUGAGGGUUUUAAGCCAAGCUCUGGAACAGUGCAAGAGCUGAAUUUCCGCAGCAAUAAGAAUGUGUGGGGCUACUUCAGUGUUGCAGCGGCUGGAGGACUGCAUGAGUUUGCAGACUCCCAAUUUGGACAUUGCUUCUCCUGGGGAGAAAAUCGUGAAGAAGCCAUCUCCAACAUGGUGGUGGCUCUGAAAGAGUUGUCUAUCAGAGGAGACUUCAGGACCACAGUGGAAUACCUCAUUAAGCUGCUGGAAACUGAAAGCUUCCAGCACAACAGCAUUGAUACAGGCUGGCUGGACAGGCUUAUCUCAGAGAAGAUGCAGGCGGAGCGUCCUGAUACAAUGCUGGGGAUUGUAAGCGGGGCUCUUCAUGUAGCAGAUGUCAAUUUAAGGAACAGUGUGUCCAACUUCCUGCAUUCUCUGGAAAGGGGCCAGGUACUUCCAGCACACACACUACUCAACACUGUGGAUGUGGAGCUGAUCUAUGAAGGUAUUAAGUACGUUGUGACAGUGACACGCCAGUCUCCCAACUCCUAUGUGGUCAUUAUGAACAACUCAGCUGAGGUGGAUGUCCAUCGGCUCAGCGAUGGAGGUCUUUUGCUGUCCUAUGAUGGUAGCAGUUACACUACCUACAUGAAGGAGGAGGUGGACAGGUAUCGCAUCACAAUUGGGAACAAAACUUGUGUUUUCGAAAAGGAGAAUGAUCCUUCGCUGCUGCGCUCUCCAGCAGCAGGAAAACUCAUUCAGUACACAGUCGAGGAUGGUGGACAUGUGUUUGCUGGCCAGUGCUAUGCUGAGAUAGAGGUGAUGAAGAUGGUAAUGACCCUCACAGCUGGAGAAUCUGGUUGUAUUCACUAUGUGAAGAGGGCUGGAGCUGCAUUGGAGCCUGGUUGUGUCAUCGCCAAACUGCAACUGGAUGACCCAAGCAGAGUACAACAGGCAGAGCUGUACACAGGGGUCCUGCCUACUAUCCAGGCAGUAGCUCUGAGAGGGGAGAAGCUACACAGAGUUUUCCACAAUACACUAGAUCACCUUGUUCACAUCAUGAAUGGCUACUGUCUUCCUGAGCCUUUUUUCAGUGCUAAGUUGAAAGAGUGGGUGGAAAGGCUGAUGAAAACCAUGCGUGAUCCUUCUUUGCCACUGCUCGAACUUCAAGACAUUAUGACUAGUGUGUCAGGUCGCAUCCCCCCUGCUGUGGAGAAGGCCAUCAAGAAGGAGAUGGCCCAGUAUGCCAGCAACAUUACCUCAGUACUCUGCCAGUUCCCCAGCCAGCAGAUUGCAAACAUCCUGGACAGCCAUGCUGCUACUCUUAACAAGAAGUCAGAGAGGGAAGUCUUCUUUAUGAACACACAAAGCAUUGUUCAGCUAGUGCAAAAGUAUCGCAGUGGUAUCCGAGGUCACAUGAAGGCAGUGGUGAUGGACUUGCUCCGACAGUACCUGAAAGUAGAGAUCCAGUUUCAGAGUGGGCACUAUGACAAAUGUGUGUUUACACUGCGUGAGGAAAACAAAGGUGACAUGGCCAAUGUGCUCAACUAUAUCUUCUCUCAUGCCCAAGUCACCAAGAAGAACCUGCUGGUUACAAUGUUGAUUGACCAGCUGUGUGGCCGUGAUCCCACACUGACAGAUGAACUGAUGGCCAUUUUGACGGAACUCACCCAGCUCAGCAAAACAACCAAUGCCAAGGUGGCACUGCGUGCUCGGCAGGUGCUGAUAGCUUCCCACCUUCCCUCUUAUGAGGUCAGGCACAACCAGGUGGAGUCUAUUUUCCUUUCUGCCAUUGAUAUGUAUGGACAUCAAUUCUGCAUUGAGAACCUGCAAAAACUAAUCCUCUCUGAGACCUCCAUCUUUGAUGUUCUGCCCAACUUCUUCUACCACAGUAAUCCGGUAGUCACGAUGGCUGCCCUUGAGGUGUAUGUUCGCAGAGCGUACAUUGCCUAUGAGCUCAACAGCGUUCAGCAUCGACAGUUGAAGGACAACACGUGUGUAGUAGAGUUCCAGUUCAUGCUCCCCACUUCACAUCCCAACAGAGGGAACAUCCCCACUCUAAACAGGAAAAGGGCCGCUCCAGUCCUGGGCAAUGUAAACGCCACCAAGACUAAAUUACAGCAAACUAAACCCCAGCACCUUAAUAAGUACGCAGAGAAGGAAAAUGCCUCUGAUUUGGAUUCUGUGGACAGGAUGUCCUUUUCAUCCAACCUGAAUCACUACGGCAUGAUGCAUGUGGCCAGUGUGAGUGAUGUUCUGCUUGACACAUCUUUUACACCCCCCUGUCAGCGGAUGGGAGCCAUGGUCGCUUUCCGCUCCUUCCAGGAGUUCACCAGGGAUAUACCAGAUGUGUUGAGCUGCUUCUCUGACUCUCCUCCCCCAAGUCCAAGCUUCCCAGAGGGUGGUAAUCCUGUCCUGUAUGGUGAAGAAGACAACAAGAGCGCCCGUGAUGAACCUAUCCAUAUCCUGAAUGUAGCUAUUAAGACAGACUGCGAUAUUGAUGACGAUGGCUUGGCAGCCCAGUUCAGGGAAUUCACUCAGUCAAAGAAAUCUCAGCUGUUUGAACAUGGCAUCCGAAGGUUGACUUUCCUUGUGGCACAGAAGGAUUUCAGGAAGCAAGUCAACUGUGAGGUGGACCAAAGGUUUCAUAGAGAAUUCCCCAAAUUUUUUACUUUCCGUGCCAGAGACAAGUUUGAGGAGGACAGGAUCUAUCGCCAUUUGGAGCCAGCACUAGCUUUCCAGUUGGAACUCAACCGCAUGCGCAAUUUUGCCCUAUCUGCCAUCCCAUGUGCCAACCACAAAAUGCACCUUUACCUGGGCGCAGCCCGUGUGGAGGUGGGCACCGAGGUUACAGACUACCGUUUUUUUGUGCGUGCUAUUAUCCGCCAUUCUGAUCUGGUCACAAAGGAGGCCUCUUUUGAGUACCUUCACAAUGAGGCAGAGCGUCUGCUGUUGGAAGCCAUGGAUGAACUAGAGGUGGCUUUCAACAACACAAAUGUACGAACUGACUGUAACCAUAUCUUCCUCAACUUUGUUCCCACAGUCAUUAUGGAUCCAUCAAAGAUUGAGGAGUCUGUGCGCUCCAUGGUCAUGCGUUAUGGCAGCCGUCUGUGGAAGCUGCGUGUCCUGCAGGCUGAACUGAAAAUUAACAUCCGCCUGACUCCAACAGGAAAGCAAAUUCCCAUCCGCCUCUUCCUCACUAAUGAAUCAGGCUACUACCUGGACAUCAGUCUAUACAAGGAGGUCACUGACUCCCAAACAGGACAGGUGGGGCCCAAAGACAGAAAGAUUAUGUUCCAAGCAUAUGGAGACAAGCAGGGUCCGCUGCAUGGCAUGCUCAUCAACACUCCUUAUGUCACCAAGGAUCUGCUGCAAUCAAAGCGAUUCCAGGCACAGUCUUUGGGCACCACCUAUGUCUAUGACUUUCCAGAAAUGUUCAGACAGGCUCUGAAAAAGCUGUGGCACUCAACCCAAGCCUAUGCCCACUUACCCAAAUGCCCUCUUCCUUCUGAGCUGCUCACCUUCACAGAGCUGGUUCUUGAUGCCCAAGGUCAGCUGGUACAGAUGAACCGACUGCCAGGGGGCAACGAGAUUGGCAUGGUGGCAUGGCGGAUGACCCUGCGUACUCCAGAAUAUCCAGCGGGACGUGAGAUUAUCGUCAUAAGUAACGACAUCACACAUAAGAUUGGCUCAUUCGGGCCCCAGGAGGACGUGUUGUUCCUGCGAGCCUCAGAGAUGGCACGAGAGAGCGGCAUCCCUCGAAUCUACAUCGCAGCCAACAGUGGCGCACGCAUUGGGCUGGCAGAGGAGAUCAGACACAUGUUCCAAGUGGCCUGGCAAGAUCCAGCUGACCCCUAUAAGGGUUUCAAGUAUCUCUACCUCACACCUCAGGAUUACAAGAAGGUUUCGGCUCUGAAUUCUGUGCAUUGUGAACAUGUGGAGGAUGAAGGAGAAUCCAGGUACAAGAUCACUGACAUCAUAGGAAAGGAAGAAGGGCUGGGUGUGGAGAAUCUCAGAGGCUCUGGAAUGAUCGCUGGAGAAUCCUCUCUGGCUUAUGAGGAGAUUAUCACCAUGAAUCUGGUCACAUGUCGAGCUAUAGGAAUUGGGGCCUAUCUGGUGAGGCUUGGACAGAGAAUCAUCCAAGUGGACAACUCUCACAUUAUCCUAACCGGAGCUGGGGCACUCAACAAGGUGCUGGGCAGAGAGGUAUACACAUCAAACAACCAGCUUGGUGGUAUUCAAAUCAUGCACAACAAUGGUGUGACCCACUGUACAGUUCGUGAUGAUUUUGAGGGAGUCUUCACUCUUCUGCAGUGGUUAUCCUACAUGCCUGAGUGUAAAUUUAGUCCAGUGCCGAUCCUCACUGCCAAGGAUCCCAUAGAUCGGCCAGUGGAGUUUGUUCCAACCAAGGCUCCGUAUGACCCUCGCUGGAUGUUAGCAGGACGUCCCAGCCAGACUCCAAAGGGUUCCUGGCAGAGUGGUUUCUUUGACCAUGGCUCUUUCAUGGAGAUCAUGCAGCCAUGGGCUCAGAGUGUGGUGGUAGGCAGAGCCAGACUGGGUGGGAUACCUACUGGAGUGGUUGCUGUGGAAACCAGGUCAGUGGAGCUGACAAUCCCAGCUGAUCCAGCCAAUUUGGACUCUGAGGCGAAGAUCAUCCAGCAAGCAGGACAGGUAUGGUUCCCAGAUUCUGCUUUCAAAACAGCCCAGGCCAUUAAGGACCUGAACCGAGAGGGCUUACCUCUCAUGGUGUUUGCCAACUGGAGGGGCUUUUCAGGUGGAAUGAAAGAUAUGUAUGACCAGGUCUUGAAGUUUGGGGCCUACAUUGUGGACGGACUGAGGGAGUACAAGCAGCCGGUACUGGUUUAUAUUCCCCCACAGGCUGAGCUCCGGGGAGGCUCCUGGGUGGUUAUAGAUUCCACCAUCAACCCUCGUCACAUGGAAAUGUACGCCGACAAGGACAGCCGAGGUGGAGUGUUGGAGCCUGAAGGAACUGUGGAGAUCAAGUUUAGGAAGAAGGACCUGGUGAAGACCAUGAGAAGGAUAGAUCCAAUUUACAUAGGCUUGGCUGAAAGUUUGGGAACUCCAGAGCUGAGUCCCCCUGAUCGUAAAGAACUGGAGACCAAGCUGAAGGAGCGUGAGGAGUUUCUCCUGCCCAUCUACCACCAGGUGGCUUUGCAGUUUGCAGACCUCCAUGACACCCCAGGUCGCAUGCAGGAGAAGGGUGUUAUAACGGAUAUCCUUGAAUGGCAAACCUCGCGCCACUUCUUCUACUGGCGUCUGCGCCGUCUGCUGCUGGAAGACACAGUGAAGAGGAAGAUCCAAACUGCCAACAGCAAGCUGACAGAUGGACAGGUCCAAGCAAUGCUGCGCCGUUGGUUUGUGGAGGCAGAGGGGGCAGUCAAGGCCUAUCUGUGGGAUAACAAUGAAGAGGUGGUGGGAUGGUUGGAGAGGCAACUAGCUGAAGAAGAGGGCGCAAGGUCCGUCGUUGAUGAGAACAUCAAGUACAUCCGCCGAGAUCACAUCCUCAAACAGAUUCGUGGCCUUGUUCAAGCCAAUCCAGAGGUUGCCAUGGAUUCUAUUGUGUAUAUGACCCAGCACAUCUCACCCACACAGAGAGCUGAGGUGAUCCGUAUCCUGUCCACUAUGGAGACAUCAGCCUCCUCCUAGAGGGAGCCAGACCUCUCCUCCAUGCAUGGCUGAAUCACAGUUGAAGCCAGAAUCACAACCAAAGGAGCCUGGCUCAGCCAGACCUAUUUCUGCUUGGGCCAGCACUAGAAACUGAGGCGGGAGGAGCCAACAUGAAGGGCUUUGGUAGCUGCCAGGUUGCUGAUGAGUUGUUGGCAAUGAUCCCGAUUAAGAAAAAGUUUAGAUGACUGAUGUGUACAUUCAUGUAUUUUGUUUUUUUUAUUAUUAUUAUUCAAAUGCAACUGAAAAAUAACUAAAGAAGUAUCUAGUGACUAAUAUGUAACUAUCUGCUUGGUGUUUACACAGUUGACCCAAAUGGAUGUUUGUGCGUCCAUGAUAAUCAAUGACCUCCAUCCUUCUGAAUCGGAGUGUGCACAAUAAUACAUUUAUAAUGUUGUUGUCAUAUUAAAAGCACCUUGGUUUGUGACAUAUGCUUGGUAAGUUUUGCACAUGUUUCGAUGACCUGCUCGACAAUGGCAACACAUUGCUAGGAGCAUUAGCGAGAAAGGGGGUUUUAAACUCCUAAGUAGGGAGCAUUUAGAUAUUGAACAAAGACGGGGAACACCAUAACAGCUUUGGACAGGAAGAGCCCAGCAGGGAGCAGGGACAAGGUCCCUUUUAGACCCCAACUGUUUCACAGUUACCCUGCAGUGAGCAAUGGGCAUCUCGCCUCACAACAAAACCACAGCUGUCCCUUCUGUUCUCACUCCCACAGUACACUGCUUUACAUGCACUUUACGUCUAACUGCUCCCUUACAUAGCACCCCAAAUCAAACCUACAGUUUUAACUGUUGCAUCCAGCAUAUAACACAAACGCACAGAGUGAUACAAAGUAAUACAAAGUCUGAAUGCUAAUUUAAAUGAGAAUGAAUAAUGACACUGCACAGAAUGGAUAAUAGCAACUUAUCCAAACUUGUCUACUUUUCCUGGGGUUCCCUGUUAUAAUGCUUCCAAAACCAAGUAAUUCAAAGUUGAGUGGUUGUUAGUUUUUGUUUGUUUUUAUUUUAACUAAAGAAAUCUUUUUGAAUUUACAACUGUGAGAUGAAAUGACUACUGUUCACUGGACUUGCACUGUAUGCUACAUGACAUGUCUAAUUUUACUGUCAUCCAUAUUAACUGUAUUCUAUGUAAUGUCUAUACCUUUUUUAAAUGAAAUGCUACUUAUUAUGCCCA